AUGUUUAGGGUUUUGGUGGGUGAGGGCCAAGACACAAAGCUGUCAGUGGUCAUUGAGGGGGUUGGUCUUUGCAUUAUACUCGGCCCGAUCGUAUGUCCUCUCUCACGCCUCAUUGCGUCCCGUAAUAGGCACCGCAAAAUGACACGUCAGCAUCAUCACAACCGUGGUCAAACGAUGCCUAUCUAUCUAUCUAUCUAUCUAUCUAUCUAUCUAUCCAAUUCUUUUCAUUAUCUAUCUAUUUUCAUUAUCUAUCUCUUUAUCUGUCUAUAUAUUUUCCUUAUCUAUCUAUCUACAUAUCUAUCUAAUUCUUUUCGUUAUCUAUCUACCUAUCUAAUUCUUUUCAUUAUCUAUCUAUCUAUCUAUCUAUCUAUCUAUCUAUCUAAUUCUUUUCAUUAUCUGUCUAUGUUCAUUAUCUAUCUAUCUCUUUAUCUAUCUAUAUAUUUUCCUUAUCUAUCUAUCUACAUAUCUAUCUAA